AUGGAAAGCGACCAAUUUGCUUAUCGACGACACAACACUCCAUUUUACCCCUUUCAAGACCAAGCAGAGUUUGAACUUGGUAAAUUCCUCUGCGAACGCUUCACGCAAAGUGAUAUUGACAGAUUUCUCAAGCUCGAAUGGGUCUGUUUGGUCCGUCGAGCUAAACCAUCAUUUGGUUCAAAAGACCGGCUACUUGCAUGGAUGGCCUCUCUUCCCACCAGACCAAAAUGGCGUUCAACUACACUCGAAAUAACCGGAUACCCAACCAUCCAACCAAUACAGCUCAUCUGGCGUGAUGGAUUAAGUGUAGUAGAAGAUCUCUUUGCCAAUCCGAUUUUUGCGAAUAACAUGACAUACGACCCGCAUGUUGUGGUUGAUGGUAAUGAACACGAGUAUAGCGAAUAUUUUACAGCACGACAAGCAUCCGAGAUUCAGGACCAACUUCCCAAAGGCGCCACCAUAGUUCCGAUAAUCAUUGCAUCUGACAAGACGCCCGUGACGCGGCACACUGGAGGGCUUGAAAUGCACCCUAUCUUUGUCUCAAUCGCUAACAUUCAGUCUGAUGUGCGGAUGAGAGCUACAAGUCAUGCUUGGCGAUGUGUCAGCUUCAUGCCAAUUCCAAAAUUUGUCGAUGUUCAUGCCGACUACCAAACUAUUCUAAGUCAACAGCUAUUUCACAAGUGCAUGGAUAUCAUCUUCGCAGACGCCAAGGUCGCAGCCAUGUCGGGGAAGUUCAUACCCAAUCCAUGUGGCCAUGAACACACCCUUUCAGCGAUAUACGACAUCUGUCAAUGCAUUGAUCCAUGGAGGUUGCGAGAAUUCCAGGAGGAAGCCAAGGCUCGUUCACUAAGCGACCCUGCUCGCUUCUUAGCAGGGGAAGUUCUUCAUACCUGCCAUAAAUUCUUUUUUGAUCACCCGUUUAAGUGGUCCAAAGAACUGGUGGGUAAGGACGAGCUCGAUGCCCGAUUCAAGAGCCACCACAAGGACUUGCAACGCACUUUGGUGCCUUCUAUCGCUGGGGUCGUGCCUCCCCAGUUUGUCCAUGCAAUUCUCGCUCUGAUCGACUUCAUUUACCAGGCCCAAAGCCCUGUUUAUACAGAUACCUCCAUCGAUUCCAUGGUUGCGUCCCUCAAAGAGUUUCAUGAUUAUAAGCAAGCGAUCUUGGAUGCUGGAGCUAGACGAGGCACCAAAGGAACGAUCGACAACUUCCUUAUUCCAAAGCUCGAGCUUUUACAAAGUUUUGCUGCGUUCACCAAGGAUAUAGGCGCCCUCAUUCAAUGGACUGCUGACGUCACCGAGCGCCUGCUCAUCACACAUUGCAAACUUCCGUUUGAGAGGACAUCCCGCCAGUCACGCACCUUUACAGAGCAAAUCGUAGAUAUUCUCAACUGUGAGGAGUCCAUGCGACGGUUUCAGUUGUACCUUUUCCUACAGAUGCACGAUACUCCCCUUACCAAUGCCAUAGUCACGGAAGAGCAAGAGGUCACUGAAACUGACCCUGCUCUUGCGUGGAUCGCCCGUGUCGCACCUCAUGAUCCAAAUCAACGGUGUUUUAUUGGGCCGCGCCCAGUUCGAAACCAUUUUUUGAAGGGCAUUCUAUCUUCCACCGCUACAGCUGCCUUUCACAUCACCGUCGCUCCUGAUCGAGCCAAGAUGUCUGUCAAUGAAGUCCAACAGCUUUAUGCAUUGCCAGAUUUUGGACAAGCACUUUCUGAUUACGUUACAAAGGUUUCUGACGGUCAAUUCACCACAACGUGGAGCUGCAAUCGUGGUCGCCUCAAGAUGUGGAAUAAAUUUCGAUUGCAGCUGCAUUCUGUUUUCCGCUCACGAAUAAUUAUGCCUAGUCAAGUUGUGCAGGCUGCCCCACCGUCAGACAAGUUUCCUCUGGGAAAUUGUGAUGCUGUGAUUGCGCAGUCGAUGCAUGGCGACCAGACAGUGAAUAUUGUUGCUCAAGUGCGGGCAGUCUUCCAACCCAUUGCGCCUCCCCACGUCACACUUCCCCACUAUCUCGUGGACCACCCGCUCCUCUAUGUCCAGUACUACGAGAUCGUCAAUCAUCCAGGCAAUCAGCCUGCCGUCAGUAUGUAUACGGUAGCCCGAAAAUAUCGUAAAAAACCCACAGGCCAGCAGAGAUUGGGUGCAGUUAUUCCUCUCACAGAUGUCGCGCAGGCAGUAGAGCUUAUCCCUGUGUAUGGCGAAGGCGCUGACCGUACGCACUUUUACCUGAACAAUUUCUCGGACAAAGAGAUAUAUCAUGCAUUGCGCUCAGACUUGCACUAG